AGCUCCACGAAUCCAACCUCUGUAUCUCAAGCUGCUGCCGCUGCUGCUGCUCUUGCGACGAAGAGCAUCUCGGCUAAAAGGCUGCCACCAACACUCCCAUCUCUUCUCGUGCUUCUAGCUCGAAGCGCGUGUAUUUACUGCGGUUCUUCGGCGUAGAGAGAGCGUGUGUGGUUCGAACAGUAAAAGGAAGGACGGCUCGGUCAGUGUUCGAACGAGAAGUGCGACGGAAGCAAAGUGUUGUUACGGAGAGGGAAGCGAGGACGCGCGUUACUCUGCUCCUCACCUUCUAACGCAUAAGCUCUAAGCAGCGUCAGCGUCGGCUGGUGCGUUUAUCUGCUCGGAGUUGCUUUCUUCCUGGGUUGAAUUCUCUUCUUGCCCAGUAAUAAGAGAUCGGAUCGGCUUCCUUGGCGCUGUUGCUGUUGCUGUUGGGAGGACGAGGAGACCGGUGAAAGGAGGCCCGUGGUGAGGCUUCGGCAGAGGAAGGAAAGAUGCCGCCGCAGACGCAAGCCGAGGAGGCUGCCAUCGUGGCCAGCGGCAUCGCUGCCUUCAACAGUGAGAUGGAGCAGGGGAGCGGCGGCAAGGAAGCGGACGGAGGGAGGGACUCCGCGUUCACCAUGAAGAGCCUCCUCUGGCACGGCGGCUCCGCCUGGGACGCCUGGUUCAGCUGCUCCUCCAAUCAAGUGGCGCAGGUGCUGCUGACGCUGCCGUACUCGUUCUCGCAGCUGGGGAUGCUGUCCGGGGUGAUCCUGCAGCUGUUCUAUGGCAUCAUGGGCAGCUGGACGGCGUACCUCAUCAGCGUUCUCUACGUCGAGUACCGGACUCGGAAGGAGAAGGAAAACGUCAGCUUCAGCAACCACGUUAUCCAGUGGUACGAGGUGCUUGAUGGACUGCUGGGGCGGUACUGGAAGGCCGCCGGCCUCGCCUUCAACUGUACCUUCCUCCUCUUCGGCUCAGUCAUCCAGCUCAUCGCCUGUGCCAGCAACAUAUACUACAUCAAUGAUCGGCUGGAUAAGAGGACAUGGACGUACAUCUUUGGCGCCUGCUGCGCCACCACCGUGUUCAUACCCUCCUUCCACAACUACAGGUUAUGGUCCUUCCUCGGCCUCGGCAUGACCACCUACACCGCCUGGUACCUCACCAUCGCCGCCGUCGUCCACGGCCAGGCGGAAGGCGUGGCGCACUCGGGUCCGACGAAGCUGGUGCUGUACUUCACCGGAGCCACCAACAUACUCUACACCUUCGGCGGCCACGCGGUCACCGUGGAGAUAAUGCACGCCAUGUGGAGACCGCAAAAGUUCAAGUACAUCUACCUACUGGCGACGCUGUACGUGUUCACGCUGACGCUGCCGUCGGCGGCUGCCGUGUACUGGGCCUUCGGGGACCAGCUGCUGACGCACUCCAACGCCUUCUCGCUGCUGCCAAGGUCCGGGUGGAGGGACGCCGCCGUCAUCCUCAUGCUCAUCCACCAGUUCAUCACCUUCGGCUUCGCCUGCACCCCGCUCUACUUCGUGUGGGAGAAGGUGAUCGGAGUGCACGACACCCGGAGUAUUUGCCUCCGAGCCUUGGCUCGCCUCCCCGUCGUCAUCCCCAUCUGGUUCCUGGCCAUCGUCUUCCCCUUCUUCGGGCCCAUCAACUCCGCGGUGGGCGCGCUCCUCGUCAGCUUCACCGUCUACAUCAUUCCUGCUCUGGCUCACAUGCUCACCUACCGGACGCAGUCUGCACGACAGAAUGCCGCCGAGAAGCCGCCCUUGUUCUUGCCAAGCUGGGCGGCGAUGUACGCGGUGAACGCCUUCGUGGUGGGGUGGGUGCUCGUGGUCGGCUUCGGGAUCGGCGGGUGGGCCAGCAUGACCAACUUCAUCAACCAGGUCGACACCUUCGGGCUCUUCGCCAAGUGCUACCAGUGCCCCAAGCCACAGCCACCGCCUGCGCCCGCACCACAGAAGCAUCACUGAACCACCUGCCUCUCGCACACACCUUGAAACCUGCUCCAUAGAACAAAGUUGUUAGUCGACCUUUGGAUAUCAGUUAAACUGUUACAUACAAAGAAAAGGUGAAUGGUUCACUGUGGGCUGGCCCUCCUGCCAUCGCCCGGUGGUGUUGGAUGAUCUGUUACAGGUUUCUAUUCUUCGACUCUCA